GGGGCUCCAGAAAGAGAUGGGGCCUGGAGUUUACAAGGAGGAGGAAGAAGACAAACCGAACCUGCAGGAUGUGGCUACAAAUGAAAGAUCAGACACAUUUGGAAACUGCUUGAUUGAAAAAAAAGUGGUUAAUUUCUGCAAAAUACUGGAGGAAAUCAACAUAUCAGGCAGAAGAUGUGGAGAGGAAUAAAUAGACAACGUUUAGGCCGAGCCCUUCAGUAUGCCUAGACUGUGGACUCCUCUGCUCAGUUGCUGCCUGAACUGCACAGUUCCUCCAGCAUUGUGGGUUUGUGUGUGUGUGUCUGUAUUUCUAGCAACUGCAGAAUCGUUUGUGUUUUAUAUCUUCAUUUGUAAGAGGGUUGUACUUCGGCAUUAGAUAAACAGAAUGCCUGUUGAUAUUGUUUUUGGGAGCCGCUUUCUACGUUAAAAGAGCUGCUGAGUUUUCUACACAGAAAAAACCCUGAGGUGUGGACAUAGAACCGGUGCUUGCAGGAACUUUUUAUGGCACCGUGAUUACCCAUAAAACAGUGCGUUUAAAAUUUCUCUGCCUCUGAACCACCAAUCAAAUGCGCAGGCGUCAAGGUUGUUGACGUAUUCAGAUCGCAUGCACGCUGUACACAAAAGGACUCAGCAGGAGCGUUCAAGGUAAGAAUGAAUCUACGGGCGGCUAUCUUAAACACCGAGUGUGGAACAAUUGCUCUGAUGCCGGACACCGUGACCCACAAUCCCGGGACAGUCCUGCUGUCUUCCCCUUCUCUCAGCCCCACGAUCCGUACACAGGCCCUGGGAAGCUUCCGGCUGCUGAGGGAAUGGGAACCGAUGGAUCUCUCAAACAGAGCUGAGAUCCAGCUAUUUAAAUGCAAGGAUUAGGAACUCGGAGAAAGGGAACAAAAUCUUUUACAUCACCAGUUGAGAAAAUCUUCUUUGUUCUACCUCCAAUCACAAACAAGAGAAAACCCGUGGAGAGGGCGCAGUUUUAAGGUGCUUCGAAGCAGGUACGAAGGAGAUGUCAGGGGUGUUGUGUUCUUUAUACGGACCGUGGGUUACUCAUAACAAACUAUAUUAGGGAAGAAUUGACCUUUUAUUUAACAGCAACAAAACCACGUUUUACACUGCCAUGCUUCUCGAUCAUUCUUCAUUUCUGCUUAUUCUCAGAACUCUGUCCAGUCACGUCCUGGCACGUGAUAUCACCACGGGGGGGUGAGUUUCUUUACGCAGAGUGAUGAGUGUCCGGAAUGGGCUGCCGGCGACUGUGAUGAAGGCGGAUGCAAUAGUGUCUUUUAAGAGGCUUCUGGUACAUGGUGCGCAGAAAAAUAGAGGACUAUGGGAAACUCUAGGUAAUUUCAAAAGUUAAAAACGAGAAGGAAUUUGUCUCCACGAAUCUCAGAUACGGCACGGCAGUUUUGCUGUCUCUGUCCCGAUAUUUAAGAAGUGGAGCAAGGGAUUCAAUCGACCAUCCUUCCUGCUCAGACUGUGGGAAUGGUUUCACUCGGUUAUCUCAGUUGAAGGUACAUCAGCAAGUUCCCACUGGGCAAGGCCAUUCAUCUGCACUGUGUGUGAGAAAGGGUUCUCUUUGGCAUCCCACCUGCGGACAGACCAGUCCGAUCACACUGGGCCGAGGCUGGUCAUCUGCUGAAUUUCAGGGAAGGGAUUCUCUCGGUCAUCUGACCAAAUGGCACACCAGCAAGUUCAUACCGGGAAGCGGCCAUUCACCUGCUCAGACUGUGGGAAGGGAUUCACACAGUCAUCCACACUACAGAGUCACCGGCGAGUUCACACUGGGGAGAAGCCAUUCACUUGCUCGGUCUGUGGGAAGAGAUUCAGUGAGUCAUCUGACCUACUGGUACAUCAGCGAGUUCACACUGGGGAGAAGCCAUUCACCUGCUCAGUCUGUGGGAAGGGAUUCACACUGUCAUCCCAACUACAGAGACAUCUGCGAAGUCACACUGGAGGGAAGCCAUUCACCUGCUCAGAAUGUGGGAAGGGAUUUACACUGUCAUCCCACCUACAGAGACACCAGCGAGUUCACACUGUGGAGAAGCCAUUUACCUGCUCAGAAUGUGGGAAAGGAUUCACUCAGUCAUCCAACCUACUGGUACAUCAGCGAGUUCACACUGGGGAGAGGCCAUUCACCUGCUCAGUCUGUGGGAAGAGAUUCACUUGCUCAACAAAACUGGAGGUACAUCAGCGAGUUCACACUGGGUAGAAGCCGUUCACGUGCUCAGUCUGUGGGAAAGGAUUCAGUCAGUCAUCCCAAUUACUGGCACACCAGUCAGUUCACAAUGGGGAGUGGCUGUUGUUAUGAAUCCCUGGGUUUUGUUUGCUGUGGACUGUCAUUUUAAGAGAGAGAACAGAUUAAGAAGGUGUAUCAGUCGGCCUUGCAGCUUGUUUACAUCGCUCACAACUUGUUUAGUUUUAACCGAGGACACAGACACUCAGAGUCAGACGGAGACGAAGGAGGAAAAAUGAAAAGAUCAAAACCAGGGAACUAAAGGCCAAGGGUCAAUCUUUGGAACUUUCCUAUGCCCACAAGUGUGGGUUAGUUAUCGAUUCAUCGUACAUCGAACAUGUGGUGGUCACCUCGUUUGAUCCAUAGGAGUGGAUCUGAUUUGGGGUAUCAUGUGAAGACCACUGAUGUGUUAACCCUUGCCUGGGUGUGGUGACGAUACCCCUUGUGACAAUUUGCUAUUGGUGAUAAUUCGUAUUUGGAUUUGGAAUGACGAUGGAUUAAAUCUACAGCGAUUAUUCUCUCGCUUUACCACCAUGGAACCUGUGGAAUUCAACAUAAUUGCCUUCUCUUGACAUUUACCCCGGAUUACAAAUAUCUCCCUCAUCACCUAUUCCGUGGAUGAACUGAGCUUUCAUACUUUACUAUCUCAAGACUCCAAGCCUUGUUUCCCCCGAGCUCAGUAGUUUGGGAGUUAUAUUUACACACAUUUAUUCACAUAACACUGUUAACUUCUGUUUAUCUUGUUUAAAUUACAAUAUUAUAAGUAGUUAUUAAUAAAGAUAGUGGUUUUAACAUCAAAACCAGACUCCAGGUCUAUUGCUGCUGGUUUGUUUCUAAAGCGUUACGGUUCAUAACAAAAUUGCAUCCUGCGUCCGGGAUAUGAACAAACUUGGGGAAAUAUUGAUCGAUUAAUUAUCGAGUUGAUUGGGGUGAUCCCUUUUGAUUUAUUUGUGUGUGGAAAUCAGCAGCAAUGGAUAUUUAUAUAAUUCUGGAAGCACCAACCCCUGAGGUAUUAGGAAAAGCUAAAAAGAAUGAAUUGCUGACGAUUGAACCUCAAUGAGGUAAGGGGGUGUGAAGGAGCAGGGUAAGCAUAAAACUGGGAGAGCAGGUAAAGGUGAAAAAAAUAGGGGUUUUAUUACCCAAAAUGUUUAUAAACUCAACAGAACUGUUCUAGAGUCUAAACUUGAAUCAGCUAAACUUGAAUCAGCUAAACAGAACAAAACUGGGUUACAACAAUGCAGCGAAAUACUCCUCAGACCUAGAGACACCACUCAGCUCCUGGCUGUGGGCUUAUAUUGGAUGCUGGCCAUUCAAUAGUAAAUUGCAUGGGACAGAAAACAUUCCUCUCCUUUAAAAGAUAUGCCAUAAAUGACGUAGCUCCAGAGAACACCCCUCUGGCUGUAGCAGAAUCCAAUUAUCCAGCCCCAUCUACUUAGGCUGGUGUCAUGCAGCCACUGAGUCAUUUCCCAGGUUAUCAGGAGGACGGUCGGCUACAGGACACUUUAAUAGGCCCGGCUGAUGGUGCGGCUGCGAAUUGCAGACGCCACAGGGGACUAUGAGAAAGCCAGAAAUUCAGAGGAAAAUAGUUGAGCACUAUAGAUCUAUGAAGGUAUUUGAUAAGGAAGUGUUAAAGAGGUUUCCUGUGAGUAAAGAGGAGAUCCAGUUACAACUAGAACAAUUGAGGACUGAUGUACUUAGAUUAGAGGCUGAAGAAAAAGAGACAGAGGGGGUUUGAUGCUAGAGAGGCAGACAAACAGAGGGAGGAAGCAGAAAAAAAGGUGUUUUGAAGCUGAGGAAGCAGACAAACAGAGGGAAGAAGGAAAAAGACAGAGGCAUGUUCUGACAGAUAAGUUAAGGCUCAAGAAAGAAGUUGCUGUCUCAAAGGAGUUGGUUGAACCAUUUAUUGCCAGCCAGGAAGUUAAAUUGGUCCCUCCAUUUGAUGAAACCGACGUAGGUAAAUACUUCCAGCCUUUUGAGAAAGUGGCUGAAAGUCAAAAGCGGUCGAAAGGAAGCUGGACUCUUUAGUUACAAAGUAUAAUUAAGGGCAAGGCUCAACACACACAUUCUGCCCUAUCAAUUGAAAAUGCAGCUGAUUAUGUCAUUGUGAAACAGGCUGUGCUCAAAGCUUAUGUGUUGGUUCCAGAAGCUUACAAAGGCUUAGAAAUUGGAGGAAAUCUAUGAAACAGACUUACAUGGAAUUUGCUUCUGAGAAGUUUGUGUGUUUUGACCGCUGGUGCACAUAUAAAAAUAUAAAUGAUGAUUUUUACAGAUAGAAAGAGUUGGUUUUAAUUGAAGAAUUCAAAAGGUGCGUCUAUGAUGACAUAAAGAGACAUUUAGAUGAAAAUGAUGCUGCCACUUUGCAGGAGUCUGCUAGAUUAGCAGAUGUUUGCUUUAACUCAUAAGGUUAAGUUUACCCCGAAUAAGAGCUUCCGAAAGAGUAGCAGGGAUCACCAGGGUAAACCAGAAAUUAAAGCUGGGACUAGUGACAGGAGUAAGGAUGAAGGGAAACAGUUGAAGGUGAAAUAUUCUGGUCUUGAUUGUUACUGUUGUAAGAAAGCUGGUCAUGUGAUGGCUAAUUGUUCUGUCCUGAAGAAGAAAAUGGAAAAUGAGGCAGUCCCAAAUGCCCGUGGUCAGUAUGUUGAAGCACCUAUAAAUCCACAGGGUUCUGAACAUUCUGUUGAGGCUCAGUUAAGGACUGAGAGGUCUGACUGAGUUAAGAAGGUGUUCGAUCAUUUUAUGUCAGAUGGGUUUGUAUUCGUAAAUGAAGAAUCAACCCCAGUACCAGUGAAAAUUCUUCGAGAUACUGGGGCUUCUCAGUCACUUACAUUAGACAGUGUUCUAAAGUUUGGUGAUGAGUCUAACACUGGUGAGGUAAAUCUUAUUCAAGGCCUUGGGGGCGGUGUGGUUUCUGUGCCGUUGCACAAGGUAACUUUAUAAUCAGGAUUGGUUUCAGGACCUGUUGAGAUAGGAUUGUGCUCCAGUUUACCGGUGGAAGAUGUUACUUUGCUGUUAGGGAAUGACCUGGCAGAUGGUGAAGUUGUUCCUGCAGUGCAGUUCACAACUAAGCCAACCACUGAUGACCCACAGAUGGAUUUUAACAUUUAUCCUUCCUACGCAGGAACUCAAAGUAUGGCUAAAAAGUCUACCAAUGCAGAGAGUUCUGUGCAGCAUGAUUCUGAUACCCAUGAUAGCCAAAAUCCGGAUUCAGGUUAUGAUGACUCGUCAGGGACUUUUCCGCCUUCAUUGUUUCAACAGGAUUCAGGUAGUAAGUCUGAUGAGAAAGAUUUGUCCCUGUCUAGGAAGGAGAUUAUAGCAGAACAGAACCGAGACCCUGAGAUUGAAGCUUCAAAAGAAACAGCUCUCUCAGAUAAUGAGAUUAAGAAAGUGCCAGUAGGGUAUUAUCUCAAGGAUGGCGUGUUAAUGAGGAAGUGGAGGCCACCUGCUAUACCAGUGAGUGAGGAAUGGGCAAUUGUUCACCAAGUUGUAGUUCCUAAAGUUUUUAGGGCUGAAAUUUUAACUUUGGCCUACAGUAUGCCCUUACGUCGACAUCUUGGAGUGAAUGAAACUGUAAACAGGAUUAUGAAAUAAUUCUACUGGCCUAAUUUGAGGAAAGUUGUUGUUACCUUUUGCAGAACCUGUCACACUUGUCAAG